AUGGCUGGCCAAGCGAAGAAGGCAAAGGUGUCUGGGUCAUCAUUGUCACAAAGCCAUGAUGAUGAGGUACCCUUGCGAGGAAAUGGUUUGGUUUGCGAGAGUAGCCCAAAACAGACACAGGGGAUUUCACCAUCCCGCACUGAAGAGAAGGAGAAUAUCUUCCUCUUUUGGCCUAAUAUCAUUGGUUAUGUUCGCAUCGUUUUAGCGACAGCCUCCCUGUAUUACAUGCCUCUCCACCCUCGCACAUGCUCCUUGCUAUAUAGUAUAUCCUGCCUCCUUGACGCACUCGAUGGGUAUGCUGCUCGCGUAUAUAACCAAUCUACUACCUUUGGCGCAGUCCUUGAUAUGGUCACUGAUCGCUGCACAACCGCCUGUCUAUUGGUAUUUCUGAGUUCCGCUUGGCCGCGCUGGGCAAUUCUAUUCCAGGGGUUAAUUAGCUUGGAUCUUGCGAGUCAUUAUAUGCACAUGUAUGCAACUUUGACUAUGGGAGGAUCCGGUCAGAGUCAUAAGAAAGUGGAUUCAAGCCGGAGCUGGAUUCUAUACCAAUACUAUAAUAACAGGACUGUUCUGUUUAUAUUUUGCCUAUUCAAUGAGUUAUUCUUCAUUGGGCUUUAUCUUCUUUCUUUCUCAUCCCCGACCCUCUCUCCAUCGCUACUACAGCCAGUUGGUGACGGUGCUACCGUUGCAUCUACACAGCAACCAGGCUCACCGGCACUAGCUCCAAUAUCGGCUCUCUUCUCCAGUCCCUGGAGUGCUGGGGCAUUGGAGCUUGCGCGGGCCAACAAACUCGACAGUUUCUGGCCUUGGGUAAUCACAGGCAUUUCUGCCCCAGUCAUGACUGCUAAGCAAUUUAUCAACAUCGUACAGAUGGUGAAGGCCAGUAAGUGGCUUGCAGAAGGCGACAUUGCCCGCCGCAACCAACUAGGUAUUUCAAGGAAGAGAUAA